AUGGUUAUUACUGGCCAUUGGAUUGACUUGAAUUGGAAGCUACAAAAGAGAGUGCUCAACUUUGUUCACAUGCCACCUCCUAGACGAGGGGUUGAGAUUGCUGCUUCACUCUUCAAAUGUGUGAAGGAUUGGGGUAUUGAGCAAAAAAUACACACAAUUUCAGUUGACAAUGCUUCGGCCAAUGAUGUGGCUAUUAGAGUUUUGCGGGAUGAUUUUAGUAGAUCGAAGAAGCUAUUAGGUGGCGGCAAGUUGUUUCAUGUUCGAUGUUGUGCGCAUAUUUUGAAUCUUAUUGUUCAAGUCGGCCUUUCUGAGAUUGCGGACAUUGUAAACAAAAUUAGAGACAGCGUCGAUUUUGUCAAUCGCUCGAAGACCAGAUUAUUGUUGUUCGCUGAGAUUGCACAACAACGUCAAAUACCCGGGAGGAAGUUGCUUUAUGAUUGUCGAACAAGAUGGAAUGUCACCUUCGAAAUGCUAAGCUGUGCUAUGAAGUUCAAAGAUGUUUUUCCUCGUCUUCAAGAUAGAGAUCCACUAUAUGAUUCCUGUCCAGCUUAUGAUUAUUGGGAAAAAGUAGAAAAAGUGUGCUCUGUGUUAGAGAAAUUUUGGGCAGCCACGCAUGUAAUAUCCGGGAGUGAAUAUCCUACGAGCAAUUUGUUCCUUCAAGAGAUUGUGAAAAUUAAGAAAGUCUUAGAUUCUCGAGCGAAUGAUGAAAUUGACUUCAUCCGAGCUAUGAUUAGAAAGAUGAAGGCCAAGUUCGACAAAUAUUGGGGCGAAUGCAAUUUGUUAAUGGCUAUUGCUGCCAUUUUAGAUCCAAGGCAGAAAAUGAGAGUUGUUGAGUUCGCCUUCCCUCAAAUGUUUCCAUCUUUUGAGGCACAAGAAAAUAUUUGCAGCGUGAAGAAAGCUUUAUUUGAGCUUUAUGAUGAGUAUGAAGAUUUGAAUGCAACUGGAAAUGAAAAUGCAGUCCACUCAUGUGCUUCAAAAGGGCCACAAAAAAAUGCAACAUCUUCUUUUAGGUGGGUUGACUUUGAUGAGUACUGUGAUGAAAUGGAGACUACCAAGCCACAGAAAUCUGAAUUGGUGGAUUAUUUAGAAAAGGCUCGCCUAAAGACUGGUUCCAACCCAAAUGCCUAUGAUUGUUUGGAGUAG